GUCGCUGUCGGUACUUUACGUCAUCAAAACAGGCCGAGCAGCAUGGAGGAACCCUCACACUAGAGGAUUUUUGACCUUCUUCUCGCAAUAAUCUGUUCAAGCCGUUUCUGUGAGUUUAAAAUCUUUAAUAAGACUUUAUUAUUUACCUGAACUGAUAUCCAUUAAGACCCUAGUGUUAGCGAGGCUCACAACGUUGGUCUCUUCUCCCUUCCGCUUAUGAUAAAUAAAACCGAACAAGUUUUCUGUUCAGCACACAUCUAAUGAUAUUACUUUAAUUUCGCCGUUUAUUAAUAAUAACAAUAAUAGUACGAAUGAUUAUAAUAGAUGUGGUAUUUUCUUCUGGGGUCUUAUAUUUGACUGUUACAGGGUCACAGAGAGGAUGGCGGCCAGAGGUGCGACUGUCCACGCCAAAUGGAUCAUUGGUAAAGUGGUCGGGACCAAGAUGCUGAAGACGGCCAAAGUGAGGGUCACGAGGCUGGUUCUGGAUCCUUACCUGCUCAAGGUGAACUAUUAGAAACGUCUGCUUGUUGCUGAUAUAUAGAAGAACCACAGAUAAUGACAUGCAUGGCACAGAUCCCUUUAAAAUGAGUGUCUGAAUAUUUCUCUGUUAUUACUCUUGAUGUACUUUUUGAAAUAAAAACAUUACUUAAAGGGUUGUUAAAGGGAUAUUCCAGCAUAGAAUUAAUUUAGGGUCAAACACACCGUAACACCGAGUUCGACACCCUGUCGAGAGAUGAAUGUUGCCGACCGUUUGCUUCUGUAGUUAUACCAAUUUUAGUAACAACCGCAGGAUUGCAAUACACAGCGGUCUGAGGAGCCAUAAACAAACCUCGGCCAAAAAGCUACUCUUUGGCCACAAAUAAUGCUCAGAACAGCACCUAACUUCCUCAACAGUACAUAUAGGGUCCCAGCCUUAGUACUAGCCAAACAUAGCUAGCUAGCUAAACAUCUUUUUAACUUUGCCUGAUAUCUUUGGCAAAGAGACUAAACACAACUCACCUACUCUCUUCCAGCAGCCGCUUGUUUGUAGUGAGACCUUGGGCCAGUCCAUAACAGACUACAGUGGGUGACGCAGCUCAAGGAAGAACAUUUAUGAUUAUCCAUAUGGACAUUAUAGUCUGUAAUGGAACGGCCUGAGGUCUCGCUACAAACAAGCGGCUGCUGGAAGAGAGUAUGUGAGUUGUGUUUAGUCUCUUUGCUGAAGACAUUGGGCAAAACUAAAAAGAUGUUUGGUGGCUAGUGCUGUGGCUGGGUCCUUAACUGUACUGUUGAUGUAGUUAGGUGCUGUUCUGAGCAUUAUUUGUGGCUAUAGAGUGGCAUUUUGUUUGAGGUUUGUUUAUGGCUCCUCAGACUGCUGUGCAUUGCUAUCGUGCGGUUGUUACUAAAGUUGGUAUAACUAGAGAAGCAAGCAGUCGGCAACAUUCAUCUCUUGAUGGGGUGUCUUGCCUUGGUGUUAUGGUGUGUUUGACUCUAAAUUAAUUUUGCGCCGGAAUAUCCCUUUUAAUUAAUGCAUUUUUACCCUGAUAUUUUGAUGCCAGAUCUCUGACACUGAUGCCAAUAAUUUGGACCUGUUAUCAGAGAAAUGGAAAAGUAUUUCCAAUCAACAUUUUUCAUCUGUCUAUUGACUGCAAUUUGCAUUUGCCAUUGAUUUGUCAGUAACAGGUUAAAGAAUCAGCUGUAAAAAUCUUUAAAAAUCUUUUUUGCUUCAUAGUCCACGUGGCUUUGAAUCGAUCAAAUUUAAUUAAAUGUGUACUUACAUGUGGCUUUCAAAUUUGUGUAUUAUUUCCCUACAUCAUCUUGAACUUAACCGACUCUUUCGUUGUUCACUCUUUUUCAUAGUACUACAACAAGAAGAAGACCUACUUUGCCCACGAUGCUUUGCAACAGUGCACCGUUGGAGAUAUUGUCCUCCUUAAGGCUCUCCCUGAGCCCAGAUCCAAACAUGUGAAACAUGAACUGGUGGAAAUAGUGCAAAAGGUUGGCCGGGUGGUUGACCCACUUACAGGAAAAAGAGUUGUUGGAACUGAGUUUGCGGAGCCUCUGACUGACCUUUCCCUGUGUUUGGAAGAAGACACCACAUUAUCAGAAAAACUACAAGAGCUCAACAUUACCGCUGCUGUGUCAAGUGAUUCCCAACCAACAGAAACUCCCACAUGAUGACGGAAAACUGCUUUGUUUUGUAUUCAGUAAUGUCAGCUUAAGUGCUGUCUGUUUUGUGUAUCCAUAUAAUAAUAAAUAUCAAAAUAGUUAUGAAUGCAGCUUUCAAUCUAUACUGGUAUUCAUAAUACAUUACUGUCUGAUCUAGUCGUUAUAAGACAAAUUCCUAAGGUAUUCACAAGUAUACAUAAAGAACGAAUGUUGUCAUCGACAUGUGCAUGGUAGUUAUACAGGUAUAUACACCAUACACCAUAUAUACACCAUGCCAAGGGGUGUAUAAGGUUAUACACCUCUUUAAAGAUGUUGUGUAAUCCGAACAAAAGUUAAUUUGUGGUUUUAGUGUCUGAUGGUGUUGACAAAAAAAAAGUGUUUGUAAGGAAAAAAACACAUUUUGGGUAAAAACGAGAAAACAUGGGAGGUUAUAUCAAAACAUAUCCCAGUAACUUAAAUAUAAAAAUGUAAUCUAAUUAAUUUAGGCAUGAGAUUUUUUUUUUUAACAUUGUGUCCUGUUUUGUCCCACUUCUCAAGAAUCAGUGACCUGAUUAGUUUGAGGCCAAUUAAAAAAAAACAAAAAAAAACUUGUAAUACACCCCAAAACAAUGUAGUAACCCCACAAUUGCAAUUUUAAUGUAAAACUAAUGUAUGACAGUUGUUAUAUAUGCUGAAUUGGUUUGCCCUUAUUUCAACAGCAAACAUGAUCAAAUCCUGAUAUUCAGUGAUCAAGUUUUUCCAUUAAAUUAAAUGCUCAUGUUUGUCUUAAAGUGUAAUAUUUGGUUGGGUUUUUUAAUUUUGAGGAAAGUGUUACCAAUCCUAACUGAA